GUUUACAGUUAUGCCGCCAGGUGUCACACCAAGUAAAUACAGACAGAAGGGUUCUCAAGGGAUUUGACAAGUAAUGGUGUGUAAGGAACAAAUGCAUAACUGGUGAUGUGAGAUUGAGGGUACUUCACGCUGAAGUUUUCCUUCUUUCAAGAAAUACGCCCAGGAAUCGCAAGCAAAGCGCAUUUUUGCCUGUGGAUUCGGCUUGCUCACUUCAGGGUAUUCAGACUACCCAUAUACAACACACGAACGAGAGUCCAUAAUGGACCAAAAGGAAGAGGCACAACAGCAUAAAGAGAAAGGAAAUGAUUGUGUGAAGGAAAAGAAAUACAUUGAAGCAGUAUUGCAUUACACAAAUGCAAUAAAGUUGGAUCCAUCUGACCACACCUUUUACAGUAAUAGAUCUUUAGCUUUCCUCAAACAACAACAGUAUCCCCUAGCAAUGGAGGAUGCGAGACAGGCUAUAAAAUUGAAACCUGAUUGGCCCAAAGGUUACUUCCGUAAAGGUGAAAUUGAACUUGCCACAGGACACUAUACAGAAGCACUAUUGUCUUAUGGGUGUGCUUUAAGACUACAACCCCAUGAUAAAAGCAUUUUGGAUGCAAUCAGUAAAACAACAGAAAUGAGACAGAAAGAGAGGCAAGCUGACUUUCAGAUACCUUGGCUGGGAGCUGGAAUUGGUAUCAUUAUUGGUGUCGGAUUGGUCAUCGCAGAUUAUUUACUAACUGAUAAACCCUCAAUUAAACACCCAAUCUUGAUGGCUCUACUUACAAUUGCUGUGGCUAUGAUUGGCUAUGUUAUUGGAUGGGCAUACCGUUACCUAAUGAAAUGCAGCCAGACUUCACUACUGGAACCACCUCCAGAUCUGUUCAGAGAUGGUGCAAAUCAAGAUAAUGAACAAGAAUCCCAGGAAAAUGGAAAGUCAGAACGGAGUCAUCGGUAUACGAAAGCUCAAGCUCGCCAACGAUUUAAGAAAGGAAGAAGUUGAAAAUUUACUGGAAUUACUUAUAAGUAAGUUCUAUGGAGUGAAGGAGACAAGUUAUCAACAAAUGAUGGGGCAUGGUAUGUCGAUUUAUCCUAGCUGAGGUGCUACUAAAAUUCAUAACGACUCAGGCAAAGUGUUCAUUUGGAUGUGGUUUGUGGUGUUAGAUUGAGCCUUGUGUAAUGCAAGGAGGAUAUUUAUUGAGAAGUAUUUAGUUAUUAAUAAAUUAUAGUUCCUUUUUAUCCUGUAUAACUGUUUUUGUUUACUAGUUUGACUCGAUGAAAUACAGACAUUUUCAUUGUCUUCAUGUAUUACAAAAUCUGUAAACUUAAAAGUGACAUCACUGUAUUGUGAUGUUUCAUUUGUUGAGUACUUCAUUUUAAUACAAGUAAUGAAGUAUUUAAAAGGUAAUUAGGGGCCCAGAGUCAUUGGUACUUCACCCACAUGUAUAUGGAAAUGAGAAAUUUGCUCCAGAGUUUCUCACAGAAAAAUUAACACACUAGAUAAUAAUCUAGUGUUAUUUUUAUAGUGAAUGUAAAAGUAUCACAAAUACUUCAGCUAUUAAAAAUGGACAUAGUGACAGUAUUUUAAAUGGUUUUCCAUAAGGCUAGGCAUAUCUUACCUUGAAAAACUGUUUGAAACACAUUCGUUUUGCAGUUGGUUAGUCACAACGCAUGCUACGAGAAACAGGAACUACUUAUCUGAAUGCAUCAUCAUGAUAACCAUAGACACCAGUAACAGUGUUAUUUUCAACCUUAAGGUUUUUAUUAAAACUGUGGUGCAAUGGAGGUACAUUCCGCAAGAGAUCAAGAAUUUUCUUAUUUUAUUUUGUGGUAUCUUUGCCGCCUUUGUAAAGCAGUGAUGCAGAUCCCAGUUAAUUGCUUGGGGGCCUGCCUCUACCAGAGUUUGAAAAAUUAUGUUUCAGAAAAAGGCUCAUCAGGCUAUUGUUUUAUAGCUGCAGCUUCUUUUUAUCAAUUUAUAGAUGUCUUGCAGUUUGGUAAAUGAUUCUGUAACAAAGGAUGAGAGAAAGUCCUCUUUUGUCAUUUUGUUAAUCCCGAAGUGUGGUAUUUUCUUUGUUGGUUCUAUCAGAUACUUAAUAGAGAUGAAGUAUUUUUUUCCCUUUCUGUCACCCCAAAAUCUCCAUCAGAGUGAAAACUUAAGACCUGGAAUGAAGAAUUUGUGAUUGGUCACCUCCCAAUUAUUAGCUCUGUGUAGGGUAAAUAACUGAGAAAAGCAUCUUUUAUACUCCUGCUUCACAAACAUGUGUCCCUCACUCGAAACCUAAUCAUGAACCCAAGGUAUAGCUCAGAAUUGACAGCAGUACUAAUCUACACUUGUUGUUAGCAAGUAAUACUUGGUUUACAAGAAGUCAAACACAAAUACAAACAAUGAGAAAAUCCAGGAUGCAAUAACAAGUGCUAUGUAAAGGAUAUAUUGAUAUUCACCGUAAAUGGAGAUACUGAGUCACAGAUAAGCACAAUAAAAAGACUGUCAGACAUGUAAGCUUCUGACUGUGCCGCCCCCCCCCCCCCCUCCCUACACACACACACACACACACACACACACACACACACGUGUGUGUGUGAUCAGUCUCUGGCAACUGAGGCAGGGGUUGUGUGUGUGUGUGUGUGUGUGUGUGUGUGUGUGUGUGUGUGUGUGUGUGUGAGUUGUUGCUUGAAUGUGUAUGUUGUCUAAUUCUGAUGAAGGCCUUUUUGGCUAGAAGCGUAAUUAGUUGUUGGUCAUUUUGUUGUGCCUAUCUGCGACUCAGCAUCUUCACUAUAUUGUGAGUAGCAAUCUGUUGUUUUCAUAAUAUUGUUAUUAAACACAAAUACAAUACAUGACAAGUACCAUUACUUGUUUUUGCUCCCUGGACAUUUUUUAUUUUGCUUCCUUCACUGUUUCUGUUUGCUGCAAGUGGAUAUUGUGCUUCUCUUUCAUCUCUUGUUUUUUUGUAGUGUCUAACAGAGUUCUGUUGUGAAUGCAGUCUUUCACAGCACUGACAUGGGUCUUUCAGUGGGUUAGGGAAGAUGCAUGCUGAACUGAGUAUUUAAUAUGUGCCAAAAUAAAUACAGGGAUACAAAAUUAGUUUUCGUGGAUUUAAACUCAGCUCUUUAAUGAUAGUAAAAAGUGGGCAUAUUCAGUUGUGGCACAAGGCACUUCUGACUUCUUUAUGACAAUACUGUGACUUAUAUACAGGAAAUUUCUUUAUGAAAUUGCAAACGGUAUUUGUUUGUUCAAGUCUUGUCUUAUUAUGAAGUAUAUAUUUACCUUCUUUUUCAACAGGAUGAACAGCUUUUAAAACUUCUUUGUUUCAUUGCUGUGUAAGAACUUACUAAACCCAGUGUUAUCAGCCCUCUUUCCAUCUUGCCCAUAAGUAAAUCCUUUCCAGAGAAUGACUAAAUGGAUUUCCAUUAGAGUAGCUUCUGGACAUCUCUGAUAUCUCUAUUAACACCUUAUUAAGACUUUUUUGAUUGCCCAAUUCAUUUUGCAAUAGCUAGAAAGUAUUGGUUGUAAAUUUUUUUGUGGCAUCUUGCCAUUACAGUUUUCGAGAUGUCUACAGGAGUCUCCUGAACACCACUUAUCUGGAACAAGUUUACCUGUUGUCAGUGUGCACACCUCAUCCUCUGUCAUUUCAGUAUAUUCAGAUACUUUCUCCGAUUGAGUAAAUUCACUAGUUUGCAUCCUUUUUUAUUUUGCGAAUGAAUCAAUUGUUGUUGUUGUUGACGAAUUCCUCUCCUCCUAUGUUUCAUUCGCUGUCUGUGUGAAUCAUCAAUAUUGAUGCCACCCGAGUUCAUAUCUGCAUCUGAAAAUAUGAAAUGUAACAUGAAAAUGACCCAAAGUAAAGCACCAAACAUACCUAAACGAUGUACUGAUUCAUUUGGCUAAUCAGUGCUGCAUGUAAGUGCAGUUGUCAAUUGUGAAACUUCUGCGGUCAUUUUGCAGAGUUCAGACUGAGAUGUCUAUGGUAUUGCCAUACCUCUGAUGGAACAUCCCACUAGCAUCAGCAUUCUCUUACAUAACUCGAGAACUGUUUUAUGAUGGCUGUACCUCAACAUGCCCUAUACUUAGUUAGGCAUUUCUUGCACUGGUUUAGGUACUUCAGGCUCUGAGUCACUCAGUUGUCAAGUUUAAAACUGUGCUAUGAUGUUGUAUUUGCACUUGUGGUGCUGUGAUAUUUGUGUGUGGUAGAAGUGUGAUAGGAAUGCAGUAAAUCUGAGCUUUUUGAUGUCACUGAAUAAAAUAUACUUCUAUUAAUUUUUCAUAGGUCAUAUAUUGAAUAAAAUUGUAAACAUACAUUCCAAAUUACCCUUCUAACUACAAUUUAUGAUAGAUAUGUACAUAAAAGAAUUGCUCUGUAUGAACAAUCACACCUUUUGCCUUUUACUGAAUCAGAUCUAUAUUGUGUUUAUUUUGGAAAACAUAUUUCAUCAAAGUUAUUAAUUGGAUAAUAAUCAUAUUUUGUGAUGUAUAUUUGCAUAGCUUAUUGGGAAAUGUAAAAGAGAAAUAAAGCAGAAUAAUCUGUGAAGUGUUUAA